AUGGAUUUUGUGGAGGCCGUCAAACAUGCUUCGGGCCAUAGAGAUAGAAUCUUGGAUGCACUUAGCAAGUUUAAUAGAGCGCUGGUAAAACUUUACCAGAAUGAGGAUAAAAUAAUUUCAGAAAAUUACGACUUCCUUGAUUGUAAAGAGCUAGUGAAAGAACAACUUUUUUUGACUCGGUUAUUAAAGAGCGAGGAUGAAUUUGUUGUUUACGCGACUCAAAAGCUAUUAACUCAAUGGCUUUUGAUUACUUCCAAUAAAGAGAUCGUUUUAGAUCAAUUCGAUGUAUCUGAAAUUCAGAAACGCUUGCUCUCAAAUCUGUAUGAUAUAUAUUCUACGUCUGCGAAAGAUAAACAAAGAACUUGCAUGCGCACUUUGGAAGCGGUUCUGGAAAUAUUUCAUCGAGUUCUGAAAGAUUUUCGCCAACGGCUUUCUUUACGUGAUGAUGACUAUGGACAGAAUUUGAGACAACAUGCUGGAAUUCAAUUACUAAGUUUGCUGGAUGAUCAAUUCACUAUCGAGAAGAUUUUCCUUCAGAUGAAUUCUGAUUUUUACUAUGGAAUUCCGGUUUCAAGUCUCGUAAUAUUUAAUGAUAUAAAAAAAUUGGAUAGGAUUAUUGAUACCGAAAGAGAUUAUGAUCUUGCAGAUUCAGUAAAGAGUCUCUCGGAAAAAAUUGAUUCCAACAUAUCGCAUGUGAUCGCUCUAUUGAACCACAAGUAUCAACCAAUAAAUAGAAAAGUUUUGAAUAUUUUACAUCUGGUUACGGAAUCGGGAAAGAAUGUUGGAGUGAUAAUCGCGAGUCUCGCCGGCGUCCUUGAAUACACGCAACGAAUAAUGACCAGCCCGGACAGAGAUCACCUUAAGAAUUUGCUAGAACCUGCUGUUGACUAUACCGAAUUUAUAUUUCAUGAAUAUUACCUUGAUAGUUGUGGAUUAGAGUUUAGCUUGAGUCUAGAAAUAAUCAAAAAGCUAAUGAACAUCUAUCUCUCGUCAUUUAUUUCGCUGGCCGACAUACUGAUAAAAAAUGAGAUGGCGUGUGACCACAUAUCCACCGAUAAUUAUUGUUACGUGAUAUCAGAGAUAAUAAGUUUAUGCAAAGUAUCUCUCCCGUCCACCGACUUCGUGGAUUACGCGUUCAAUUGGUAUAUCAAUAGUGACGAUGAUCUAGUGAAUUUUAUGAACAACAUCGUAAAACUGAUGGUGCGAUCCAAGAAACUUGGCGGCUAG